AAUCACGUAGUUUUGAAAGAAGUUUUUACGUUUUAUAUUGUGGCAAAAAUAUUUGAAAAGAAAAAUUGGUUAUUAUGGCAGAUACAUUGGAUCCAAUGUUCCCGGCCUCAAGUAGGCAACCAAAAGUAGCUAAGUUGCAUUGGCAACAAUGUUUUGCAGCAGUUGUUGUUAGUUUUGGAGCUUUAUCUGCUGGAAGUGUACUGUCAUGGACAUCACCCGUACUACCGCAACUCACCGCUAAAAGCUCUACAAUACAUGUAACAGUCGCAGAAGCAACUUGGAUUGGAUCGUUACUAGCAAUUGGAGCCUUAUGUAGUGCAGUUCCUGCGGGAAUUUUAGUUGAGAAAUUUGGUCGUAAAUUCAUUUUGAUUGGAACAACAAUUCCAUUUUUAAUAAAUUGGAUUCUAAUUGUUUUUGCUGUGAAUGUUUACAUGUUGUAUGUGGCACGAUUUUUGGCUGGAAUUUCUACUGGUGCCAUUUGCGUUUGUGGUUCCAUGUAUUUAAUAGAAAUGUCCGAAAUUAAGAAUCGUGGAACAUAUGGAUCAUUUUUUCAAUUAUUUUUAUGUAUUGGAAUCUUAAUAACUUACUCAAUUGGAGCAUUGGUCCACUAUAAAAUUCUAUCAUUAAUUCUAGCCAUAUUUCCAAUUUGUUUUGGCAUCGGAUUUAAUUUCUUACCAGAAUCUCCAGUGUAUUUAAUAAAGAAUAAUCGUUUAACUGCAGCUUCGGACGCAUUACGGUGGCUACGACCACGAAAUCAUGAUAUCGAAAAAGAAUUAUCACAGAUGCAAGUAAUGAUCGAGGCUAGAUUUGGCCGUACGGCAAAGUUUAUGGAUUUAUUCCAAACAAGGGAAAAUAUUUAUGGAUUAAUUGCAUGUAUUGGUUUGAUGUGCAUCCAACAGUUAAGUGGUGUAAGCGCAAUCAAAUCGUAUACUGUUCAAAUUUUUCAAGCUGCAAACACUUCGAUUGACGAACAUGUACAAUCCAUAUUGGUCGCACUCGUCCAAGUAAUUAUGGCAGUAGUUUGUUCGUCAGUUAUUGAACGGGCUGGACGAAAGUUUUUCUUAAUGAUCAGUGGCAUCAUUAUGGCUGUUUGUAUGAUCUUAUUAGGUUUCUAUUUCCAAUGGAAAUUAGGCGGUCGAAGUACGACUUACAUCAGUUGGUUGCCUCUAUUCAGCUUAAUGUUUUUUAUUGUGGGAUACGCUGUUGGCUUAGGACCAUUACCGUGGAUGUUAAUGUCCGAAAUAUAUUCCCCUGAAUUACGGGGCAUUGCAAGUGGCAUUACUGUUACACUAAAUUGGGCUUUAGUAUUCAUUGUAACUAAAUCAUUUGGACCUCUAGUAUUUUCAAUUGGACCAGCCGCAACUUUUUACAUAUUUGCAGCAUUUUUGAGCUUAGGAAUAGUGUUUAUUGUAUUUUGUGUACCAGAAACUCGUGGGAAAUCUAUGCAACAAAUACAAAAAGAUUUACGGAAAAUUAAUUUUAAGAAAUUUUAAAAAAUAAACCUAGAACUUUUUCAAAUAUGGUUCGUUUGUGUUGUGUGAUUUGGAUCAAUGCUCUGUAAUUUGUUGGGCAAGGUUCAGUAUCAAUUUAUUAUAUUAUGUGACAAUGAAUUCAAAUGAUAUAAACAAUUACCAAAGCACGUCUCAGCCACCGUCGUCGUGCCGUGCGUACUGUAAAAUUUAUGAUAUGAAUACGGAUUAGGUACAUUAUUUAUUCUUUUUUUUCAAUAGAGGCCAAUGUCAAUUUAUUAAUAAUAUUGAUUUGUAUUAAUUAUACAGAGCGUUCGUAAUAUCCUGGAGGUAUGAGUAGUUACUUCUUAUUUUCUAUACCAAUCAAGCUGUAAUUUUAAUAGUGAUUUAAUUUAUUUAUUGGCUAGUAAAUGUAAUUUAUAUGUUCCUACCACUGUGAUCAAAAAUAGUAAGACUUCCAAUUCUCACCGUACUGUCAUUACAAACUGUUAACAAAGGCUAGAUGCACUGGAGUAUGGUUUUCCUUUUUUAUCGCUAUUUAUGAUAAUUAAAAUUUUCACGCUUCAUUGAUUCUUCCAUAUUUUGACAUUACAAAUUGAUCUCAAAUCGUUCCGCAACCAACCUAACUGACUUUAGACUGUUCUCGAUUAAGAAGUUAUGACCCGAACCGAUGAAGGUUUGGAAGCUCAUUUCCAUCAUAUUAUAUCCUAAGUGAACUGCUUUGAAGGGGGUUAAAUAAAUUUCGACAAACAAUAACCCAUCCGGAUUUUUGUCUAAAAAGUCUUAAUAUUUUUAAUCAUAGAAUAAUUCAAUAAUUAA